AUGUUCGCCGGCCUGAAUGGCCUUGGUCUGUGGCAAUCGGUGCCUCUAACUCCAAUUUCACUCUCAAACUCCUACCUCAUGCGCAGUAUUGGCUCCCUCGAGGUCGUGGGAGCAAUUUACGGAUCCCGCCGACUUCGUCCUUACGUUUUCACUAAGGAUGAUGCCAUUUCAAGCGAAGACCAACAACUCCGACACCUGAUUGCGCUGGAAGAAACCAAACAUAAUAUGUACAUUUUGCGCAAAGAUACCGAAGAAAAGUCCUUUCAUCUCAACACUCCACCUGUGGCAGCUCCGACCUACUGCCCACUUGUCACAACCAUCUCAAACCAGAUGACCGAUUACUUGUUGCAGCAACUGCUGGAGAAAGUCGAAAGGGAAGCUACUCUCGCUAAAGAAACAAACGAACGCAAUUUCCUCCUUGCCACCAUUGCAUUUGUUUUCCUUGUUGCGGGACAGUUCUUGGUGCUGCUGAACACAACUCAAACCAAGCACUCUAUUGCCGACAUGAAGCUGGUUCUGGGCGAAGGUCUUUACAAGUCAAUCAACAGCGACUUCCAGAGGCUUCACAAGCUACUGAAAAGUACCAUCCUUGAAGUGUGCGAACAACUCCAAACGGAUAUAGCAAGGUUCCGAAUGGAAUUCACUCAAGUGAAGGAUGUCUUUGGUGCCUUUGCGUUCAAAUGUGAGGACCAAUUCAAGUACUUCGCCCAUAUUACAGGAGCCAACCAGAGGACAAAUCAGCAGGUCAUUGACCAAAGACUGGAGGAGAUUGGCGAUGACAUGGAAAACCUUGUCCAAAUCGUUCCUCAGAUCCUGCAGGAGAUGCAAUUCAUGAAUGAUGCGGUGCGAAAUGCCACAGGGGGGUCAAAUGGGCACGCGAUCUCGCCCGACACAGCGGAUUAA